AUGGAACUGCAGAUCACUGAAUGGAAAGAGGCUCUGUCGCAGUAUGCGCAGGCCACUGACCUCACGCAGACCUACCAGGACUCAUUCGCCCAAUUCUACGAGACUCUCAACAUGGUCGACAAGGAAGAGGAAUACGUGAAGUUCAUCCAAGAACACCAGCAGGAGCAACCGGGAGUAGACGUGUUUUCGUUCCACAGUCCUCUCUCCAGUCAGUACUGCUCACCGCAGGCCGCCCCGGGAGCAGUGGUCCUGAACAACCUCACCAAUUCCACCGUCAAGACAAAACUGGAGGUUUUGGAGAGAGAACUGCAGCAACAUGAGAAAGACAUCGCUGAAAAGGAAGCGGAGUUGCAGAGAAUCAUGAGUGAGCCGGAGCCAACCGACCUGCCCAUGUCUCCUGGCGGCACCGUCCAGCUCCCUAAGCAUGUAAAGAUGACCCAGCUCCAAGGAGAGGUGAAGGAAUUGAACUCCUUCGUGGCAAGGAAGGCAGGCCAGGCCCAAGUGAUUCGCCGGGUAGCAGAUGCUCAGGGGGACAGCCCCCCGCCAAUAUUCGACCCCCUGGGGGAGGGGGUAGACGUGAGGGACCUGGAGACAUCGAUGCAGGCUGGGGGAGCGACUGGGGGUGGUGGCAGCAAGUCAGUGGGCGGGAAAAUGCAGGCUACCUUGUUCCGAGGGGUGAAGGGGAUCAGGGGGCUGGGGAAGAAACUAAAAAAAGGAGGCAAGAAAGAUCCCGACUCCAUUUCCAUUGGCUACCCAAAGGUCGAUUUCGACAGAGCGUCCGUCGAGGUUGCGCCUGCUGAGAAUGAAAGUGAUGAUGAGACGGAAUCUCUGUAUGACGAGCCACCUGAUGUACCAGUUGAAGAUGAGCCGUGGUACUAUGGAGACAUCGACAGAAAACUAUCAGAGAACAAAUGUAAGCAGCCAGGCGACUACUUGGUGCGGUACAGUGCCCGAGCCACCAAGUACGUUCUCACGUGUAACAACAGCGGGACACCGAAGCACUUCAUGAUACAGACGAUCAAUGCGGUGAGUUUAGCGAAUAUGAUCUAAGUAAGAAAUUUGGCC